GUUUAGUAAAUUUUUUAAAUUUUUAGUUUUUUUAAUAAAUUACUCAGGAUCUUGUUAUUUGUUGUCUGAAAAGGGAGUUAUUUCACCCAGAAUAACUUAUUAUACUUCUCAUAAAAAAUAUGUCCAGAAUUCCCCUGUAUAAUACUAAUUUUAUCCUAAUUCCUAAUACAUAUUUUUAAAACACUCAGACUUUUUAGUCUGAGUCAUUUAUCAACUGUUUUUAAAACCUUUUUUCAAUUUUUGUAAAAUAUUUGUUUACCAUUUUUCAAUCAUUUUGUUUAUUUUUCAAUUACUUUGUUUAUCAUUUUUCAAUUGACUUGUUUUAACAUUCUUUAUCAGUUUGUUUACCAUUUUAAAUAAAUUUUAACGAAACUGUUUUAAAUAAUUUGUAAAAUGUACUAGUAAAAGUAACAUGAGAUUCCCGGUUUGCGGAGUUAGAAGUGAUCGGCUUUUAGCCAAAAUACCAAACGAUUACUACCAAAAUCUAAACUCUAUCAUAGAUUGCUCACUUGAAGAAGCUCAAUCUAUAUACAACAAGUUCCGUGCUUUAGCACCGAAUGGAAAGUUGACUUUGCAUAGUUUCCAGGAGUGUUUGGGACUUUUCGGAACGUUGGGCCAUGUUUUAGGUGAACGAAUGUUCAGAGCCUUUGAUCUGAACAAUGAUGACUGCCUUGAUUUCGUUGAGUUCUCCUCAUCUCUUCUGAUUAUGACCCGAGGCAGUGAAGCUAAAAAACUAGCCUUAAGUUACCGUAUCCUACAUCCAAACCCAGAAAAUCUGCCUAAUAGUCUCACAGGAUCUCUUAACAUCAGCAGAACCCCUUCUAAAUCCUUCUUACCUAAUUCCACAGAGUUUAAUAACUACGUUGGUAAAUCUAAGGACAAUUCCGUUAAAUUCGAGGAUAACUUGGGUAAAAAAUCUAGUGAUAAUUCUGACAAAUUCGAUGAUACUUCGAAGGAAUCUAAGCCUGAUAAACCUGAUGAGUCUAAUUAUUCUAAGGAUGAUUUGGUUAAUUCUAAGGAUAAGUCUGAUGAGUUUAGGGAUAACCUGGUUAAGUCCCAUAACUCUGAUAAAUUAGAGAAUCUUUCCAGUCAACCUGAAAAUCAUUCCAGUGACUCUAAGGAUAAUUCAGGUAAAUCAGAGUCUGAAGAAUCGUUAUCAAGAAGUUUAAUCCGAGCUACCAGACAGAGCAUUAUAAACACCACCAGAAUGCUGACUUCAAAUUUAAAUGAAAUUAAAUCUAAUUUAAGCGGAAUAACUUCCAAUAUAAGCGGAAUUAAAACGAGCAUUAGCGGAAUUACGUCAAGUAUUAGCGGAAUCAAGACUAAUUUGAAUGAGGCUAAGCCUGAAGCAGUUAAAGAAAUGGCUCAGCUGGAAGAGGAUGGAAUAGAGUUUGGAGAAUUUGUAGAAGUAGUGAGAGAUAUAGAAUUAACGCGUUCACUGUUAGUGUGUCGUGAGCCAAAGUAUUUCCCAACAGAUGAAGUUAGAAGAGUAUUUGAAAAGUUCGCGUCAGUAUCACGCGAUGGGACUAGACGCCUCUCUCAAAGUGACUAUAUAAACGCAGUUUAUGAGAGCAGUGAAUUCCUAGAGCUUUUAGGGAUUUCAUUAUCGCAGUACGCCAUGGAAACUGUGACCACAACUUACAAAGGUGUCAACACCUUCCUCAAGAAGAUUAACACCACGACCAGGAGUUACAUCAACCGCACACACGUGAAUAGGAAAAACGUAUACAAAUGCAUUGACCACGGCUCUUCUAAGCGCGGACUAAGUGUUCAUUUCGGCCACGAGAGCUGGAAUCACGUUCUGAACAUGAUGAUUGGCCUUUCAAUUUCUGCGCGACACGUUUACGCUCAGGUUAACGCUGUGCUCUCAGAUGAUGACUAUAAUGUUAAACUGUGCUUCCAUAUUAAUGAAAACUCACAUGGACUUAAUGUUACCAAGUUUAUUACCAACACUGGCUUAUCAUCUUCCAGGUUCAACAGUGAUUACAUUAUCAAUGACAACGUAGAGAAUGGAGAUAACUCUCUGACGGGUAAUAACGCUUUAAUCAGCAGCAAUAAUAUGGAAAAUGUAACUCGCAGAAUAGUGUUUAAAGAAUACGCACCCAUGGUGUUUCGACAGAUUAGAAGAAUUUCAGGCCUGAGUGAGAAGGACUACAUGGAGUCAGUGAGUCCAGAACAGAUAGUGGGGAACAUGGUGCUGGGGAACCUGAGCACAAUGUCAGAAUUGGUCUCGGAAGGUAAGAGCGGCGCUUUGUUUUACUAUACAAUUAACGGCCGUCUGAUCCUGAAAACCAUAACUAAACGUUGCGCUAAGUUCGUUAAACGGUGGCUGAAGUGUUACUUUGAACAUCUGGAAAAGAGUCCAGAUUCAAUUUUGACGCGUUUUUGUGGACUAUUUAGUAUUGAGAACAGAAGCCGGCGCGAGAAGGUUUACUUUAUUGUCAUGAACAACGUGUUUUACUCCAGGGUUAGCAUUCACAGGAGGUACGAUUUAAAGGGCAGUUGGGUGGGUCGAAGACUAGAACCUUCAGAACUUAAGGACCACACUGUAGCACUUAAGGACAUCGAGUUCAAUAAGCUUGGAGAACAGAUUCACUUGGGCGAGAUGUCAGAAUCAUUUUUACAGGUUUUGCGAAAUGACGUUAACUUUCUGAGGGAUUCAAACAUUCUCGACUACUCACUGCUGUUGGGCAUUCACUACAGAGCCCAGUCCAAGGAUAACGUUAACUGGGACGAAGCUGAGAAACUUGACCCUGGGAACCCCCACACGCUCAUGUCUGAUAAUAAAACCAGUGUGUACUAUGUUGGCAUCGUUGAUGUUCUCACCACUUGGAACCUCGCCAAGAGACUUGAGCACGUAUGGCGUUUCUUUCAAACUCGGCAACAUCACGGCGUUUCAUGUGUCAACCCGGUCUUUUAUUCUACUAGGUUCAUACAAUCCAUCACGAACCAUCUUAAAUAAUAUCAUGUACAUUUUA